GAAAAGAUUAGCUGUUGGAAUUGGUAAUCUAGGUGUUCUCUCUCAGGUCCGCGACUGUAUUGUUCACUUCGCUCGCCAGUGACAGGAGGGUGUCGCGGAGUAUGGAAGGUAUGCCCCAGGAUAGUAAGUCUGUAGAGCCAGAGCUGUCCCGUCAAAGACGAAUGUGGAAGAAUUUUCAAGAGAAAACCAAACCCUUUUUGAGCCCAAAGCUGGGCUCUGAUCGCCGCGGUGCAGACGGGAAAAGGGAGACGGGAAUGUGGAUGUUUAAGAGGAAAAAGAAGGAGGUUUUAGACCGAGUCCUAUCUUCCUCGCAGCCUAAUCUUUGCUGCUCUGCCCCCCUACCUCCACCUCUCGAUGGAGAUAAGUCUCUCUGCAGCAAACCGACUCCUGACUGCAGCAAAGUGCAGAGACUGCAACAGCUCGGAACCGCACGUGCAGAAACGACAGUUAAAGCUGAGAUGCUUGGACGUGGAAGUCCGAAGCCCACGCUCUCCCAUUUGGUGCUGUCCCACCACAAAAGCUCGUCUCUGGGGUCGGCGUGUUUCGAAAGGCUGGCGAUGGACUCCGACGGCGGUGGAGGAGGAGAAGAACAGUUACGCAAGAAUGCCAGCGAUUCCGGAAUCAACAUUGCGGGGCCAGGUAAUGCCAAGCAUCCCGUCGCCAGUGCAGGGAUGUACCAGCUGGACAUUGUGCUGAAGAAGGGGCACAACCUGGCCAUAAGAGACAGGGGAGGCACAAGUGAUCCCUAUGUUAAGUUCAAAAUGUCUGGGAAAGAGGUGUUCCGCAGCAAAACCAUCCACAAGAACCUGAACCCUAUUUGGGAGGAGAAGGUCAGCUUGCUGGUGGACACUCUUCGGGAGCCUCUGUACAUCAAGGUGUUUGAUUAUGACUUUGGUCUUCAAGAUGACUUCAUGGGAUCUGCCUACCUGUACCUGGAGUCUCUAGAGCAGAAGAGGACCCUGGACGUGACGCUGGACCUGAGAGACCCUCGCUACACCGACCAUAACCUGGGGACCUUGGACCUGGCCGUCACCCUGACCCCGAAAGGGGAGGAGUUUAGAGAGGCUACUAUGCUUUUGCGAAGGAGCUGGAAACGGUCCAGUAAGCAGCAGCAGCAGCAGAAUGUGCGGUUGGCGGAGCACAGGAAGUCCCAGCUGUGGAGGGGCAUCGUGAGCAUCAGCCUCAUCGAGGGCCGCAACUUCACCGCCAUGGACACCAACGGCCUCAGCGACCCCUACGUCAAGUUCCGCCUUGAUCACCAGAAGUACAAGAGCAAGACCAUGCCGAAGACCCUGAACCCGCAGUGGAGGGAGCAGUUCGACUUCCACCUGUACGAGGAGAAUGGGGGCGUGCUGGAGAUCACCGUCUGGGACAAAGAUGCUGGAAAGAGGGAUGACUUCAUCGGCAGGUCGACGCUGCAGCUGUCUGGUCUGAGUAAGGAGCAGACCCAUAAGCUGGAGCUGCCUCUGGAGGAGGACAAGGGCACGCUGGUGCUGCUGGUCACCCUGACCGCCUCGGCUGCCGUCUCCAUCGCUGACCUGUCCGUCAACAGCCUGGACGACCCCGCCGAACGCCAGCAAAUCCUCCGCCGAUACAGCUUCCUGCGGUCCUUCCGCCACCUGAAGGAUGUGGGCACGGUUCAGGUGAAGGUCAUCGGAGCAGAGGGUCUGAUGGCAGCUGAUGUCACAGGGAAGAGUGACCCCUUCUGUGUGCUGGAGCUGAGCAAUGACCGGCUGCAGACACACACCGUCUACAAGAACCUCAGCCCCGAGUGGAACAAGGUCUUCACCUUUAAUGUGUCCGACAUCCACGCCGUGCUGGAGGUCUCUGUUUACGACGAGGACAGAGACAGAAGUGCAGACUUCCUGGGAAAAGUGGCCAUCCCCUUAUUAAGAAUCCAAAAUGGAGAACGGAAAGCAUACGCCUUGAAGAACAAGGAGCUGACAGGGCCGACCAAGGGGGUCAUCUUCCUGGAAACAGACGUGAUUUUUAAUACUAUCAAAGCUGGCCUGAGAACCUUAGUCCCAAUAGAACAGAAGUACAUUGAAGACGAACCCAAAGUUUCUAAGCAGCUCCUGCAGCAGAACUUUAACCGGCUGAAGCGCUGCAUCCUGGUCCUGAUCAACGUGGGUUACUAUGCCAACAGCUGCCUUGAGUGGGAGUCGCCCCAGCGGAGCAUCAGCGCCUUCCUGCUCUUUCUCCUGGUGGUGUGGAACUUCGAGCUCUACAUGAUCCCACUGAGUCUGCUGUUCCUGCUGGCCUGGAACUACUUUCUCAUCGCCUCAGGGAAGGACACGGGUCUGGGCGAUGUGCAAGCGCUGGAAGACCUGUUCCAAGACGAGGAUGAGGAGGAAGACGACAAGGACUCGGAGAGGAAGGGCUUCAUGAACAAGCUGUACGCCAUCCAGGACGUGUGCAUCAGCGUGCAGAGCGCGCUCGACGAGGUGGCCUCGUACGGAGAGAGGAUAAAGAACACAUUCAACUGGACCGUGCCUUUCCUGAGCUGGCUGGCCAUCACGGCGCUGUUUGUGGGCACCCUGGUCAUAUACUUCAUUCCCCUCAGAUACAUUGUGUUGGUCUGGGGUGUGAACAAGUUCACAAAGAAGCUGCGUGACCCGUACACCAUCGACAACAACGAGCUGCUGGACUUCCUGUCCCGCGUUCCCUCAGAUGUGCAAGUGGUGCAGUACCAAGAACUGAAACUGGAUCCUGGUUCCAGCCCCAAUAAAAGAAAGAAAAAUUACCCGGGGUAGUCCACUCCUCCUGAUCUGGAUCUGCUCAGUUCUGUCUGUCUCUCUUCCCUUUUUUUCUAAACAAUGUACACACUCUUUGUAAAUGUCAUUAACAUUGUACAAAAAAAAAUCACAAUUAUUACUUUGUGUUGUCUUAUUUUAUAUUUCUUAAACUGUGUUGAGGAGAACAAUGGGACCAAUGAAGUAAGUCUUGAAGUAAGUGGAGUUUGCUUCAUGGUUUUGUUCUGAUUUGUAUAUGGGGAGGUGGGGUUUGCACUUUUUAUCAGCCUUUGCCACUCUCACGCACACACACACACACACACACACACAGACACAUGCACACACACACACACACACACACGCACACACACACAUACAGUACACGUACAAACACAUGCAUACACACAAUCAGUCUCAGAGGCACGUAUGCACAGGAAGGCUAUGGAAGCCAAAGUAACUCAUUUAUUAAAACAUUCUCUCUCCAUGGACUCCCUGGGGGCUGUGCCAGCGGUCGCCCAGGGCAACUGUGAUCUCCAUUAGCCCCAACCUCCCCCCCUACCCCAUCUCCACAUUUGAGCUCUCUUUUAAAACUUCAGGUAUUUCACCAGAGGUCGCCCGCGUUGGUGCUCCAUGUCACCUGUCCGUGCGCGAGGUCACUAAACUGUCUGUCGGAGAUCCCCAAGGCUCCCUGGAAACAUCUGUUUACCUUCAGAACCAGUGUAGGCCCAGAAUGUUUAUUCAAAUUCCACCCUCUCCCCCCCCCCCCUCCAGCACCCCUAAGACAACACAUAAUCAAGGACUUUCACCCUGUUUGUUUUCAUUUUGUAUUCUUCUCCGAGGGACAUUUCUGAAUCUUAAUGUGUGUACUGGACUGUAUGUAUAAUAAAUGUGUAUUAUUUUAGUACAUAUUUGACAGGUAUAGUGCGUGUUGUAUUGCAUCCAAAUUGUCUCGUUUUUUUCUUUGUCUUUUUUUUAUCCGAGUAAUGUACGUGAUGUGUUUGCAAGCGAAGCAGUGUGAGAGUUUUUAAUGAAGCACUGAUGGAAGCUUUACUCAUGAUGUAUGUCAAGGACACGUAAAGAGAAAAAAGCAUCUGUUUUUAAUCUCCUUGUUUACUGUUGAGCCUCCUUAUUUUUCUGUUUCAAUUUAUGUAAAUAAUUCAUUACUGUAUUUUUUAUGCCUGUAAAUGAAGGUUAUUUGUUUAUGAUCCUAUACAAACGUAUGUUGGUUUCUCUGGGGCUGUGGUUGAACCACAGUGUGGAUCAAAUGCACAACCAGUCGGUCCCGGUCUUGCUUGUGACAUCAUCAUCUUGCGUCCAAUCUCUGGCUGAUGUCUAAAAGCAUGUGACAUGGCGGAGUUGGGCUACUGAGGGACGGAACAAUAUCCAUAUGAAGUACCUAUGAUACUAUGAUGCUAUGCUAUGAUACUAUGACAAUAUAUGCACAUGUGUGUCAACUGAUUUUGUGGGGAAAAAAUAUUAAAUAUUUUUUAUAUAAUC